AUUGUGACAGAGCAGAUCUUGUGAGUGAAAAAGAGAAAGCAGGAGAGGUGGGAACAGAGGGAAAGAGACUAACCUUUUACCGACACCUGUGAAGAACUUCCUGAGGGAGAAAAAAAAGUACUUUUUAAACUUUUUCUUUAUCGGAUUACAAAAGCAAGAUUUCUCUGUCAACUCAAGAUUUGCCAUCAUGAAGCUUCUCCUGUUGUCGGUGGUGGUGUUGCUCCUGGUGGUGGAAGAGAGCACUGCAGACAGAAUCAUAUCCAGAAGAACCAAAAGGGAGCUUGCGAGUCCUCUCCAUGUUGGCGGCAUCAGGGACCCGCUUGGCUCGUACUGCCAGAGGAGAGGUGGCUGCUGCCCUGGCAGAGAUGACCUGUGCACUGUUCCCUAUCUGGACACAAUCUGCUACUGCGACCUGUUCUGCAACCGCACCGUGUCAGACUGUUGCCCUGACUUCUGGGGUCACUGUUUAGGUAUAGAACCACCUUUUAUUGGCACCUGUGAAAGAAAUGGAAACAAGUUCUUUACAGGGCAAACAUACAAAGAGAACUGCAAUUUGUGCACAUGUGGGACCACAGGACGCUGGGAAUGCGAGCAGAACGCCUGUCUGAUGGAGCCUGAAAUGAUCCAAGCCGUCAACAGAGGAAACUAUGGGUGGAAGGCAGAAAACUACAGCCAGCUCCACGGGAUGACUCUUGAUGAGGGCAUCAGGUACCGCCUGGGCACCCAGAGACCCUCCAGGACUAUAAUGAACAUGAAUGAGAUGCAGAUGAACAUGGAUCCUCAGAACGACCCUCUGCCGCUUUAUUUCAACUCAGCAGAGAAAUGGCCGGGAAAGAUUCACGAACCACUGGACCAGGGGAACUGUGCCGCCUCCUGGGCUUUCUCAACUGCAGCUGUGGCUUCAGACAGAAUAUCCAUCCAGUCAAUGGGUCACAUGACUCCCCGGCUGUCGCCCCAAAAUCUUAUUUCCUGUGACACCCGUAACCAGGGGGGCUGUGCAGGGGGCCGCAUAGAUGGUGCCUGGUGGUACCUCCGGCGUAGAGGAGUGGUGACCGAGGACUGUUAUCCGUACCGGCCCCCGCAACAGACGCCAGCAGAGGUUGGACGCUGCAUGAUGCAAAGUCGCUCCAUUGGCCGGGGGAAAAGGCAGGCCACGCAGCGCUGCCCCAACACGCACAUCUACCAAAACGACAUCUACCAGUCCACACCGCCCUACAGGCUCUCAUCCAAUGAAAAGGAGAUUAUGAAGGAAAUUAUGGAUAACGGCCCUGUGCAAGCAAUUAUGGAGGUCCACGAGGAUUUCUUUGUCUACAAGAGUGGGAUCUACAAACACACUGACGUCAGUCUCACCAAACCGCCACAGUACCGUAACCAUGGAACACACUCAAUCAGAAUCAUCGGGUGGGGAGAGGAGAGGAAAUUUGAUGGGACAUUGAAAAAAUAUUGGAUUGCUGCCAACUCCUGGGGAAAGAACUGGGGCGAGAAUGGCUACUUCCGCAUCGCUCGUGGGGACAACGAGUGUGAGAUUGAAACCUUUGUGAUCGGCGUGUGGGGGAGGAUCACCAUGGAGGACAUGCACAACCAUCACCACCACCAUCGUCGCCGACACAUUUAGAGACACCGCAGAUGUAAGCAAAUAAAAUAAGACCUUUGUUUUUAACCCAGAGGACUCCACGGACUUCAGCACAUUCGUACCCAUAAAGCUGGCUGGGAUAACCACAGGUCCCUGAACCCCCUUUUUUAUCUUACUUCUCUCUAAAUCCUUUUAGUCCUCCAUCUUGACUCCUUUAAGGACAAUCCGCACCACUCUAAGCUUAAUCUCAUCUGCUCUGCCUUGCAAUCAGGCACCUCAGGUACCUACUGAAUCCAAAGACAAGACAUCCAAGAAUCCUCAGCCUUAUUCUAGAGUUGGGUCAAAACAGAAGCAGAAGCUCAAACUGAUCUUUUCAUUCCUUUAUAUUCUUCUCUGUCAACCUGAACCUUCAGUCUUUCCUUGCUCUAAA